UCUGAGUGCCAUAGAGAGAGAGAGAGAGAGAGAGAGAGAGGGGAAACUCAGCCAGAACCGCCAUCAUGGUAUCUGUAAUAAACACAGUGGACACCUCCCAUGAGGAUAUGAUUCAUGACGCUCAGAUGGAUUAUUAUGGCACACGUCUGGCCACAUGUUCCUCUGACAGAUCAGUUAAGAUAUUUGAUGUGAAGAAUGGAGGUCAAAUCCUGAUUGCUGACCUGCGAGGCCAUGAAGGUCCAGUAUGGCAAGUUGCUUGGGCCCAUCCAAUGUAUGGGAACAUCCUGGCUUCAUGCUCAUAUGAUCGGAAAGUGCUGAUCUGGAAAGAAGAAAAUGGGACCUGGGAUAAGACAUAUGAAUAUACAGGCCACGACUCUUCGGUGAAUUCCGUGUGCUGGGCUCCUCAUGACUUUGGACUAAUGCUGGCAUGUGGUAGCUCAGAUGGAGCUAUUUCUCUGCUCACCUACACUGGAGAUGGGCCAUGGGAUGUGAAAAAAAUUAGCAAUGCACAUACGAUUGGGUGCAAUGCAGUGAGCUGGUCUCCUUCAGUGGUUCCUGGCAGUCUUGUAGAUCAACCUUCGGGACAGAAACCCAGUUAUAUCAAGAGAUUUGUAUCUGGAGGGUGUGACAAUCUAGUGAAAAUUUGGAAGGAAGAGGAUGGUCAGUGGAAAGAAGAUCAAAAGCUGGAGGCUCACAGUGACUGGGUACGGGAUGUAGCAUGGGCUCCUUCUAUUGGUCUUCCUACCAGCACUAUAGCAAGUUGCUCUCAGGAUGGCAGAGUUUACAUAUGGACAUGCGAUGAUCCGACCACUAGCUGCUGGACACCAAAGCUGCUGCAUAAAUUCAAUGAUGUAGUUUGGCAUGUAAGCUGGUCCAUCACUGCAAACAUCUUGGCUGUGUCUGGUGGGGAUAACAAGGUGACCUUGUGGAAGGAAUCCGUGGAUGGGCAGUGGGCUUGUAUCAGUGAUGUCAACAAGGGGCAGGGAGCAGUGUCUACUGUAACAGAAGGACAGCAAAACGAACAGUAACAGUUCUGCAUUGUUGCAGUACAUCCUAUUCUCCAAUUCCUGUUCUAGUUCUAUUCCAGCGGCAUUGAGAGGGUGACUCUCACAGGAGCAUUUGCACACUUCCUCCCCCUGCAGCACAUUGCCCCGCGUUGCGCCGUUGGCAGAGUUGCUGAAAGUUACAUCAUUGCAGGGUCUUUCUCUCUUAAUUUCUUUGCAGUGUGCUCUAAUCAUCCUUUGCCAGUAAGAGGGUUAAGGAACUACCAGGAAAAUUAGGUUAAUUAUUUAUACAUAUGAAAAAACAAACAAGGCAUUAGUUACGUGGAUUAAUUUGUUAUAAAUUGAAAAGCAGUUGCUUUGCCUCAGAAACAUUGUACAUUCAGGAAAGACGUUCCUGUGAGAAUGUUUUAUCUCGAAUACCUUUCUGUCCUUAGUUGAAAGGGUUUUUUGUGUCCUUGAUUUACAUGAUUUAUAAGAUCAGAAAGAAAGGCAUAAUGCAGAUAAUUCCUUUUUAUUAAAAAGAAGAUUCAGUUUAUGGGCCUUUUUAUUUGCUUGUGUGCUCUUUUGUGUAAUUAUUGAAAAAAAUACAUUGGAAUAAAUUUUGAAUUAUUACA